CCCCCGUAUUCACGAACCUAACUUAACCUUAUCCUUAUGACUUAAGUCGCCCUUAACCUUAAGUCCGCCCUUAACGCGUUUCAAGAACGAACCGUGUACUUAUCGCAGAACUUUCCUCGUACUUAUCGCCGUCAUAAGUAAGGCUCGGUUAAGGUAGCCUAUGACCUACCUUAAGGCUUCCUUGCAGACAAACAACAUAGCGGGGGACGACAACUUCGCGCAGUUCGUUGUUUAUGUGAACCGCAAUGAAGACAUACUUAAAGGCACAGCGUACGCAUACGCGUCACCGUCGCGGCGAACUCUCAAGGACCGACUGAACCCUAUGGAGGCUUACGACGAACACGAAUUUUUGUGUCGUUACCGCUUCACGAAAAGUGCCGUGAAGAAGUUGCUCGCUGUGCUGCCUCUGCAGGAAAACGCCGACGGUCGUGGGUUUCCUUUGCCGCCUCUCAUGCAGCUGCUUAUUGCAUUGCGAUUCUAUGGAGCGGGCACGUUUCAACUUGUGAGCGGCGACCUUGUCAAUGUCUCGCAGCCAACCGUGUCACGAGUAGUCAAGCGGAUAUCUGCCUUGCUUGCAGAAACACUGUUUCCCGUACUAGUGAAAUUUCCCGAAGCGUCGCAAGUGAGUGGCGUUAUGGAGGAAUUCUACAAGGUCGGCAAAUUCCCGGGUGUCAGCGGAUGCAUAGACUGCACGCAUGUGCCUAUCAGGAGCCCCGGCGGUGACGACGCCGAAGUAUACCGCAACCGGAAAGGAUACUUUUCAAUCAAUGUACAGGGAAUCACAGGGCCAGACUUGCAGUUCUACGAUGUAGUGGCCAGCUGGUCAGGGUCUGCCGACAGCAGAAUUUUCGACAGCAGCCGUGCCCGAGUGAUGUACGAGACGGGUGCCAUCACCGGGAUUCUGCUUGGAGACUUGGGCUACGCCUGCCGCUCGUAUCUCAUAACUCCUCUCAAAGAUCCUCAACGAGGCAGCCCUGAAUACAGGUACAACAAGUCACAGUCACGAACAAGGAACAGUGUGGAACGUGUGUUCGGCAUCUGGAAGAGGAGGUUUCCGUGCCUUCAAAUGACGCUACAAAUCGACACAAGCACUUCCCUCACAGUGAUAACAGCAUGUGCAGCUCUACACAACCUAGCCAGAAUGCUGCGUGACCCAUGCCCUCCGGAUCUACAGCCCCAGACUGCACCGAGUGUUCAGCAGCCUACAUCGGCACUGCCAAACGGACAGCUUCAGAUGGGAACCCAAGACACCGACGGCUUUGGAACCCGUGAACGUAUCAUUAGAAAUUAUUUUUCCUAAAUGUAUGCAAACCUUGUUUUUAAAAAAUAACAACAUGAUGGAUAUUUAAAAAGAAGGACAGUUUCUAUGUAUUUAAGUAGUGGAGGGUCAGAACAAAGUUGCACAGGUGCAGGGCCAUGUACAGUCUCACUCAAUAUGAAUAGCAACACGGGUGCGCAUGGCUUGACAAACUCCAGGAUCACCCAUGGCUCCCACUGGCCCUUCUGCAAAAUAAACACUGUUCUUUCGCUUGGCCAUACUACCAAAUAAGAAAAAAUCAUUUAGUUCGGAAAAUGACGGCAAAUUAAAGACAUGCUUUUAGCUUGUAAAGCCACACACUAAUGUGUUGCAAGUGAUAUUGAGCAUGACUGUACAGCACGGUUCUUCAGUUAUUGUUGUGAUCCAGCAAGUGUUCGCUUGUCGGUCAGCCCAGACAACAUUGUCCAUUACACUCAUCAUGCCAGCCACCUGCAUAGCGCGAGCUGUCACUUGAAUUUUGUAUGCUUUUGAGGCCCGUGUACUUAGAUUUAGGUGCACGUUUAAGAACCCCAGGUGGUCGAAAUUUCCGGAGCCCUCCACUACGGCGUCUCUCAUAAUCAUAUCGUGGUUUUGGGACGUUAAACCCCAGAUAUCAAUUUUGUAUGCCAAAUGAUCAUCAAAUGCUGAAAUUGCUUGGGAGUUCUGUAUUUAAGAUACCUUAUGCAUGAAUAAAUGAAUGCUACAUGUU